CCAGACCCAGGUUGUCUCAUCAUCUGCGUCUCCAUCGCCAUGCCAGGUGCUGAUGCUCCUCAGUGAUUGCAAUGUACCUUGGCCCAAUUGGUUGUCCCACCUCACAUAUACAUACCAUCCGAGUAAGAAAGAAUCAACACUCCAUUGAGCAAAUACUCCAGUAUUUGCAGUGUGCAUUGUGUCUGGGGCUGCUGUAUGUUCUCCUCCUGGCUACCAUCACAGUGCUGUGGGUAAAGUUGAGAGAGAGAGACCAGUUACAGACCAGUUACAGCAACCUGACUGUAGAGAUAGACCAGCUAAAGAAAGAGAGAGAAAGACUCCAAAGAAUGUUUUCUUAACUAGGCUGGAGAUGCUUCAGCUCCAGUAUGUAUUACAUCUCUACUGGAGAGAAGAGCUGGAGUGAGAGCAGACAGGACUGCAGAGAGAGAGGAGCAGACCUGGUGACCAUAAACAGCAAAGAGGAACAGGAGUUCAUCAGCAAAACUCUUGGUAGUCUUUCUGCUUGGAUUGGUUUAGAGGGAACUUGGAAAUGGGUGGAUGGUACAGCACUGACCACCCGAUACUGGGGAAGUGGGGAACCCAAUAGUCGUGCAGGGGAUGAGGACUGUGUUAUGCUUAAUGACGGGAAAUGGGCAGAUUAUCCUUGUAGUUCCUAUUUCAUUUGGAUUUGUGAAGAUUUUUCAAAAGUCAUUUGGGCAUCAUUAGAGGUCCAAUAG